AUGAGAGCAACAUGGGCAGCAUUCGCAGCCGCCAGGGAAGCUGCGGACCAACUGACGGACCAAGAUCUUCGUGCCCAUCUUUUCGACUCGACAAUUCUUCCAGCGCUCUGUUUCGCAGCAGAGACGUGGGCAGACACCGCUGCCACGUCUAGAAAGCUACUUACUACCCACAGAGUCCUUGAGAGAUGCUUUCUGAAGUUUAACCGGCGCACACAACAUCUAGCCGGUCUUCGCAGCUCCGACUUAAGAGGAAUGUCCCGUCUUCGCGACCCAGCGGAAUAUGUAUCGAAAGCAAAAUAUAGAUGGGCCGGUCACAUCAUGAAAAGAAUCGACGAUAGAUGGACUAAAAGAACGCUAGAGUGGAUCCCAAGAGAUGCUAAACGUCCUUGA